CCCUAUAUUGCCCAGGCUGGUCUCUUAACUCCCGGGCUCAAGCGAUCCUCCUUCCUCAGCUUCCCAAAGCGCUGGGAUUACAGGCAUGAGCCACCAUGCCUGGCCAAUGCAGGGUGCCCCUCCGGCCUCGCCAUGAGGCUCUUCCUGUCGCUCCCGGUCCUGGUGGUGGUUCUGUCGAUCGUCUUGGAAGGCCCAGCCCCAGCCCAGGGGGCUCCAGAAGUCUCCAACCCCUUUGAUGGCCUGGAGGAGUUAGGAAAGACCCUGGAGGACAACACUCAGGAACUCAUCAACCGCAUCACACAGAGUGAACUUCCUGCCAAGAUGUGGGAUUGGUUUUCAGAGACAUUUCGGAAAGUGAAGGAGAAACUCAAGAUUGACUCAUGAGGACCUGAAGGGUGACAUCCCAGGAGGGGCCUCUGAAAUUUCCAACACCCCAGCGCCCGUACUGAGGACGCCCUCCAUGUGGCCCCAGGUGUGACCAAUAAAAAUCCUAUGGAAAAUUC